AUGAAAUUGUUGCCGACGAUUCAGUUGCCGCAGCUACCACCGGUUUCUGCUGGAGGCGGUAUGACGGGAAUGGAUUCCCGUCUCCCACCCGGGAUAUCAUUGCCGUUCAGCCCUUCGGAUCUCCUUUGGCGAUAUGGACCCACGAUGAGCUUCUCGCCAGCGGCUCAUCCACCGCCGAGUCCCUUGCUCGACUUCAAGACACAUCUGCCCACCACACUUGCUUCUGACCCGAGACUGUGGUCCAGGGAGGAUGUGGCUGCCUUUUUGCGUUGGGCUGAACGAGAGUUCGACCUGCCGCAAUUUGACAUGGACAUGUUUCAAAUGAACGGUAAGGCUCUCUGUCUUUUGACAAAGUUCGACCUGGGGGAGAGGUGUCCUGGCGCGGGAGACGUUCUCCACAAUGUCCUGACGAUGCUCGCACGUGACUUCAAUCAGCUUCAGAGGUGCCUACCUAGCAGUCCUGUCACUCCCACUCGGCCGUCGGCCUAUCCUCUUAGUCCUCAUUCGCACCCGCCGACGCCGACGUGGGUCGAGAAUCCCUACGCCGCUAAUUUGGCCUCCCUAAUGUCGGCGAAUUCGGUGACACUGUCCCCGGCGCCCUCGGUCGACAGCCAAGCUGGCUCCCCGGGACACACGGAGAGCGCGCAGACCCAAGUGUACAAGAGUGAAUCCGACGAGGAUAAUCAGCAGAGUAGCAACAGUCCACCGGCUACUCCCACGGCCUUGGCUGCUCAGAGACUCAGUGAGGUCUGCGUCAAGGAUCAACCCAGUCCCACGUUUCCGCCGCAGAUGAUGCCACUGACUCCUGGUGCGUUCAGACCGAGUUCAACCGCAGCACGGGAGUUCUUCCCCAGUGAUUCGCACGAGCCAAACACCAAUGGCAGACUCCUUUGGGACUUUCUUCAGCAACUGCUGAAUGACCCCUCUCAGCGAUACACCCACUACAUAGCGUGGAAGUGCCGAGAAACUGGAGUUUUCAAAAUCGUCGACCCACCCGGAUUAGCUCGUCUAUGGGGAAUUCAGAAGAAUCAUCUUUCGAUGAAUUACGACAAGAUGAGCAGAGCACUGCGUUAUUAUUAUCGGGUCAACAUCCUCAGGAAGGUCCAGGGCGAGCGUCAUUGCUAUCAAUUUCUGCGCAAUCCCACCGAACUGAAGAAUAUCAAGAACAUCUCCUUGCUGCGCCAGCAGAUGCGGAUAAAGUCAGAGCCCGAAGAAGAUGGAACAAUAUCAACAAUAGAACCGGAAGUCGACAUGCCAACGGAUCUCUCGAUGUCCAGCAUGAACCAACCAGCCAGCGAACCCCUGCCUCUACACGACCCUCCGGCCAAAUACAGGAGUCACGCGUACAAUCUCGUUAAAACUAAUCAAGAACCGGAAGAGAGGAAGUGACGCGGGACCUAGCAGUAACUGCGCGAACGCUCAAUCGUAUAAUUGGUCAAUCGGCGAUGAAUCGCACCGUGGAGUAACUGGCCUUGCGGAUGAUGCCGUGGCUCUUCAUUCCACGAUUCGGGAGCUGAUCGAUCUACGAGUUAAGACUGACCACAGGGACACGGACGUCGCUCCUCAUCCUGAUUCUCAUCCUGAUCGUCCUAUAGCUUUCCUAACUAUUCUCUCAAUAUUCCUCAUACCUCAAUCCUCCAGAUAAUCGAUUGACGAGAUCAAGCCUUGAGGAGCGCGACGAAUCUCGAUCCGCGCUCAUCCUUUCCCUCGCGCCCGUACUUCGCUCGACGACGAGUUCGCUUCUACACGUUUAUUUGGCGCAGCAGAUGCGAGAAAGUCCCUCAAAAUCCAUAAGCGGAUAUCCUCUUCCGUUCCUCUUACUGCCUGUGAGAAAGAAGGAGACAGUGAGAGAAUGUUACAAGUGCAAUGAGGUACGAGACUGCUCCUGAACAUCCUUGAUUGACAGAAUUCACUUUUCUUUAGCGACAUACACUAGGCUCUAUGAACUCCAAUAAUUGGACGUCGAGCGUUUACCUCGUGACAAACGCUUCCGUGAAGCGGAUCUCUCGAUGGCGCUCUUCCUGGAGCCUCUUUUUAUCCUCGACUUCUACGUCUAAUUCUACUUCAUACCACUAUUUACUCAGAAUGCUUACGUUACUCUACCCACCAGCCCACAGCCAUAUUCGAUUACACAACGAAUUUUGCUCAGAAUCAAGACUCUGAUACGAAUGCGUUCGUUAAACGCAUCAGGAAUUGCGAUUUAGGUCGAAAGUCAUUCUCCUUUGGUAUCUUGGUCUUCGUGUUUUCACUGAGCCAAUGGUAUCGCUUGAUUUCUGCUUCCCGCUGUAACUGUUUUAUCAGGUCUAGAUGGAAUUAUUAAUGGCGAUUUUGUUCAAGGGAACAAACUUUGUGUCUUCAGAUUUAUUUUUUCUGUGCCAAGUACGAACCCUAUUGUGGCUAUCAUUAUCGUCGUCUUCAUUAUGAUUCAGUAUCGUUAUCGAAGAGAUUACGAGCGCGAGAUGACGGUUAAACGCGAUGCAAGUUAAUAUAAUCGACUAUAUUCUAGUGCGUAGGAUCUCUAAUGUACAUAAGUUACUACCACGUUAUGAGGAUGUAUGUUGUGUAAGAAAAGGAACGCAUAGACACUGAAUGAUUAAGUGAAUAAUGGUGCGUGUGAAUAUCAUGAGUGAGUGACUUGAUACAUGCGCGUAUGUUUCUGUGAGAGUUAUUGAAGAAAUCUAUUAAAAAAGUAGGAAGAAUUUUAUGGAAAUCCGGGGCCAGAGUUAUAUAUAAUGAAAAAAAAAGAUAUAUAUAUAUAAAUAUAUAUUUUACUACCAAAAUUUAUAUUCGAAAUUUCAAUGUUGUUGGUGCGCGAUUGUGGUUUACAUUCCACGACCGGACUCGCUCUCCCGUUUGGCUUUUCUUCAGUCGGCACUCAUUUUUUAAACUCCUCGGUACUUUUGUCUCGAUUAAUCAAUUGCCAAUCGAUUAAAGAUUUUUUUUUAAUAAUAGAGAAAGAGAUGGACCGAGAGUAGCCGAGAGAGUGCGAGAUACCGCGUUUAAAAAGAGGACCUUACUGUAUUUUUGCACGUGAUUCGAGGAGAGUGAUAGUUUUUGAAUGUUGAGUCAUUUCGUAUGGAGAAUAAUUAAUUAAUGAGGAACGCGUGAAUUAAGAUUAAUAGGAAUCGAAUGAUAGGAGAGCGAAUGAUGGAGGCGUGCGUGCAAGCUAAAUAGAAUCGAGACCUAUAUCUGGCUUCUUGUAUACUGUGAUCUCUAUAAGGUAAACGAAAUAAAGUUUAAUGAAAUAAUUAAUUAAUGAACAACACGUGGAGAUAUAUGAUUAAGAUUAGGACGCCGCGAGAUGCACGUUUUAAAAGAGCAUAAUAUUAUGGAGAUAAGAGGAAUAUAUAUAUAGUAUAUACAUACGUGCACACAAACACACACAUCCACACAAUACACACACGCAGAUAUGAAUGUAUAUAUCUUUAAGUUUCGGUUACAAAGUGUACAUAAUUUAUACUUGGACGGACAUAGGAGAGGAUAGAGUGAUGAUUUAUCGAAUAGACUCCUCGGUGUGAAUAAUUUGAGUGAUUAAAAGAAUGAAUGAAUAAUAAGAGAGGAGGAGGAGGAGGAAGUAAUAGGCAAGGGUAGUUGGCAAAUGACGAUGAUUCUAUAAAAAUGACGUUAUGCGUCGAGUACGAUCAUCGUGUAUAAAAAUAUGAUACUUGUAAAAUUCUAGAAAUAGCGCCAUUCUAUUAUGUAUCUUGUUAUGGGCCGAUGAAGAAUGAUGGACAUUGUAAAUAUAGAAUUAUUUACUUAUUAAGAUGAUA